AUGCGGGCGGCCGUCAGUGCAGCUCGUCUUUCCACGGAGUCUCUUCCAGGUUUGCCACAAGGGCUCGUUGGCCUGACGGCACCCCUGCAAGUGCGAUGGGCCAAGAAGGGCAACAAGCGCAAGAAGAAGCCGAAGCGUGAGGAUCGCACGGAGGAGCAGAAGGCGGCCAGUGGUGGGCCGAGAAUGGAGCGGAUCUUCGACAAUGUGAUGCAUCCGGAGAGCCCUCACCAGAUGAGUAUGGUCAUCCGGCGCCAUAUGCGUGGCUUGACGUCAGAUGGUCGGCACAACAUCCGACGAAAAAAGGAUCUGACGCGCUACACGAACUACCGGGUGAUGAGAAUAGCUGGGCUCACGCACGACAACCCGACAGAGGAGGUCAACAGGCUAGGGUUCCUGACGCCACUCACAGACCUGCAGGACUCCUCCAAUCUGCCUCGCUCGGCGAACCACAUCCGCUUCAGAUAUCCCCACACCCUCAGCUACAAGGUCUAUUGGGGGCCUCCGACAGUCUACGAUGAACCCAACGAGUAUGAGGGCUCCAUGGUUGGGUGCACCGUGGCCGUCCGCCUUUGCGACCUACCACUGACCCAGAGGCAGAAGGAGCGCCUGGUGGACAUCGUGGGCCAUCACCGGGUCUGCGAGAAAACUGGCGUUCUGACGCUGGAAGCCGAUCACUUCCCAGAGAGGAAUCACAAUGCUGCCCUUCUGGGAGACAUGUUGGAGCAGCUCAUGAGGGAGGCCAUGCUGGCGGAUGAGAACUCGCAGUCUGCCAACAGCCUCAGACACGAUCAGUCGCUGACUCUGUCGAGUGAAGAACCAUGGGCACUGGUGUACAUAGAUGCAACGCUGCUCCGUGCUCACAGCAGAGAGCACGUAGCACGGCCCAGAAUUCCAAGACGACACUGCGAGGGGAGUAAGGGCAAAGGUCGUUCCAAGUUCCGGGUGGGGUGGGUGCGUGCCACUGCACGGACCGUGCUCACAGCUUUGAGCGAAUUCAUCGAGGCCACAGCGCCGCUGGUGACCACCGUGUGUUCUCGAAAGAUCUGGCAGGUCUCGGAAUACUUCUCAGACAAGGUAGUUUGGGUGACGGGAGCUUCCGCUGGCUUUGGAGAAGCACUUUGCAUUGCUCUCUGUCAAGCGGCCAAGCCUGGAGGCCUGAUCCUGAGUGCUCGUCGAAAGGAUGAGCUCGAAAGGGUCAGGUUAAGAUGCUUGGCGCUGCUUCCAGAUCUGAAGACAGAAGUGCUGCCGCUGGAUCUUUCUGACCUUUCGAGGUUACAGCCUGCAGCCGAGCAGGCGAAAGGUCUCUUCGGGCGUGUAGAUGUCCUCGUGAACAACGGUGGGGUCGGAUUUAGAGGCCUCGGCCAGGAGACGUCGAUUGAGACGGACCAACACGUGAUGAACGUGGACUUCUUUAGUGGCGUGAUCCUGCUGAAAGCCCUCCUUCCAGACUGGCUUAGGAGGCGAAGCGGCCAUGUAGUGCAAAUCUCAUCGGUCCAGGGCUUCUUCGGCUUGCCUGGUCGAACCGCCUAUGCAGCUGCGAAGCAUGCUGCCGUCGGCUUCUAUGACUCGCUGCGGGCAGAGGUGGCGGACAAUGGCAUAGCUGUAACCACAGUUUGUCCGGGGUACAUAGCUACUGAACAUGCACGAAACGCCGCCAGAAGUGAUGGGGUGCAUGUGGAGCCCGAGAUCAAAGGCGUGGCUCCGGAUGUGUUAGCACCGAAAGUCCUCGCGGCAAUCGCGCGGCGGAAAGCAGAGCUGGUCCCUGCUGCUCUGGAUGCUCGAGUCGAAGCUGUGACGGUGUCAGUGCCUGCGUUAGUGCUGGAAGGUGAGGAAACCCCUGGCUUCCAGACUGCUUUGCCAAAGCUUCAGCAAAGCAUGCUGAAUCGUGGCAAAAGCUUUCCGCGAGAUGAGUCAAGUGGGCCGUACGGGCUUGGGGUAGCAGCCAUGGAGGCUCUUGCCUUCGCGUUGCAGCUUGACGGCGAGGAAGAGGUCCACUGCGAGUUGCAGCUCGAGGGAGACGAAGAGCACACGGUGGUUAAGAUUGGCCGAUGCCCGAAGGGCGGACUGGUUGUCAAUCACCUUGGUGUCUCCUGGGUCCAUGCAGAGCUUCGCCUACUGCGGCGAGACGGCGAGGCUGAACCACAGCUGUGUGUGCGAGAUGUCUCCGCUAACGGAACUGGACUUCAAGAAGAAGGAGCAAGUGAAGAGGAAGUGCAAUGGCUGCAGCGUAGCGAAGAUGUGCCUUUCCCGGAGGGGAAGCAGAUUGUAAUGCCGCAGAAAGUCAAGAAUAAAGCCGGCCGGCCGGAGGACAGCGUGCGACGGAGCAUCGGCCUUCGCUUCACCAGCGAGGAAGAGGCGGCCAAGGCAAGGCAGAUCCGAGAAGAGAAGGCUGCCAAGAAACGAAGACGUGCCGGAAAGAAGGAAGAGGCGAAAGCAAAGAAGAAAGCGGAGGAAGCCGAGAAAGCGAAGAAGCAAGAGAAAGUGGAAUCGCCUAAGAAGGCAAAGGAAGACCUCAAGAAGAAGGUAAGCAAGGAGGACGACGAGCCUACAAAGAAGACUGCUCA